AAUUAGAAAAAGGAAAAGCAAUCUAACAUUGAGAGCCCAUCUAACAUAUAUAACAUGGUUACAUAUAUAUACAAUAUAUCUCCCUAUAUAGCUAUAAUUCAUUUCAAUACUCUUUCUGUCCAUUUUUAACACCUCCAUCAAGCUUCUCUGAUUUUCUACAAUUUUCUACAUCCAAUUCCAAUUCAAUUUUUCAAGUAUUUUUUUAUUAUAUGGUCUAGAAGAAAUGGCAAGUGAGGCACCAAGUUGGGCUGAUCAAUGGGGUGCUGGUGGUUUUGGAGCAAUGGAAGAUGACAACACUAAAUCUCAAAAUGAUGCAAAGAUUAAGAACUCAAAUGGUAAGGGUGGUUUAAGCAAAGUGAAAGAAACUGCAUCAAAUUGUGUCAAGUGGUUCAAAAGUUUGUGCAAGAGAAAGACAGCAACUAAGCAAUUGGGUUAAUGGGAGGAUAUUUUGGUGUUCCUUUUUUCAUCACUAUAGCAUAGCAUGUAUUGUUAGUUUUGUAUUUUUCUUACAAUUUUUAGUUUUUUGAUGAAUUUAGAUGUUUUAUUUUGUUGGUGCCAUUUUGAAUAACAUAACCUCGUUUGAAUGAA